AUGAUACCGACGAAGGUUCAAGAGCAUCUGGAGCGGGUCUAUGAUUAUAUCAUAGUUGGAGCAGGAAGCAGUGGUUGCGUGAUGACCAACAGGCUAUCACAGGACGCUCACAAUACAGUGCUGAUUCUGGAGGCGGGAGGUGAUGACCGAUCCUACCCGGACAUUGUAAUUCCCGGACGAUGUGGAAACUUGGGCAGUACUGACUGCGAUUGGGGCUUCAAGCUUGUCCCUGAAUACAAUGCAUUUAAAGGCUACGAAGGUCGGGUGUACAAUUCUGUAUGCGGGAAGGUCCUUGGUGGUUCCGGCGCACUUAACUAUCUCAUGUACAUGCGGGGAACCCCACACGACUACGAUACAUGGAAGAACAUGGGCUGUACAGGUUGGGGGUACGCAGACGUCCUUCCUUACUUCAUCAGAUCUGAGAAAUGUCUAUCCAGCAAACUCCGAGAUUCAGGUUUUCAUGGAACAGAUGGAGAAAUAAUGGUUUCGGACUCUAACAUGUCAUCGCUAGCUGACAUUUUUAUGAAAGCCGGAAAGCGAAUGGGUUACAACAUCACAGACUGCAACACAGAUGACCCAAUCGGUUUCAUGCAUGCUCAGUCCACUAUUGGGGAUGGAGUCAGACAAAGUUCUGCUGAAUGUUAUCUUCGCCCUGCUCAAUCUCGCUCAAACUUACACAUAGCUAUACAUUGUCAUGUCACAAAGGUCCUUUUAAACUACAAUGUGGCUACAGGCAUCCAGUUCAUCCGUCAUGGCCGAGUAGAUACCAUUCGCACAAGGCGGGAAGUGAUACUAGCAGCUGGAGCUUACUGUUCUCCACAGAUCCUAAUGCUCUCCGGGAUAGGACCAAAACACCACCUGGAAACGCAUGGGAUUCAAGUCAUUCAAGACCUGCCCGUUGGAAACAACUUACAGGACCAUACAGCUGUUAUCGGCUUAGAGUUUGAAAUCGACCAGCCAUUAUCUAUUACAUCAGAAACUCUAGGGUUGAAAACAACUUCAGAUCUUUAUACACAGCAACGUGCAGGUCCACUGGCUUGUAAUGGUCUGGAGUGGACCGCACUCAUCAGAACAAAGUAUCAGGAUGAAGAAAACCCCAACCCUGAUGUACAACUUAUAAGUGUCAACGGACUCCUGGGUACGGGUAAGAAUGGAAGACCCAAAAACAUGGUUGGCAUAACCAAGAAGGUAUUUGAUGCGAUCUUUGAGGGGAAUGAAGGGAAGUAUGGCUUCGGUGUUGUUGUUCUUAAUACCAACACCAAGAGCAGAGGAACAACGGAGCCUUUCAAGUCUGUGGGUACAAGGCAUACCGGCCGUGUACUCCCAGACUACAAGAAAACCCCAUUCACAGACGAGUACUGGGUCGAGUACACCAAGACGCUAACGAAUACUUACCACCCAUGUGGGACGUGUAAGAUGGGCAGGAUUAGAGAUCCGACGACCGUGGUGGAUUCAAACCUGAGGGUAAAGGGAGUGGACAGACUCCGGGUAGCCGACGCCUCCGUCAUGCCGACAGUUACCUCAGCCAACGUGAACGCCACCUGUGUUAUGAUUGUAGAAAAAGCAGCUGACCUCAUCCAAUCGGAAUGCCUGGUGUCCAGACUGUAA